AACAGCUCUCUCUCUCUCUCUCUCUCUCUCUCUCCAGUCCACAGCGGGCCAGCGGCACAGCCGAAAGCUCGUUGUGGUGAAACCUGCAGCGGAGACUUCAGUCUUUCAUGUUGAAUUGUAGGGGCGGAAAUGCUAGGGUUUGAUUUUCAUAUGAACAGGAAAGUUUCAUCAGAGCUGUUAGGUCGUUGUAUGAUCUCAUGCUUCUUCGUCAUCAUCACUCAUUUUACCCUUUCGAUGAUCCUUCGCUUUUCCGCUCCCUCAUCUCUUCUUACUCUCCUCCCACUCUCAGCUCUAGUGUUGCUUGUAGUUGCUGGGUUUGGGAGAUUCUGCAGGCGGCUUCUUGGGGUCUCUGCAUCAGCUUCAGCUUUUGUUUUCUUCAAUAUGUUGUUCAUUUGGGGAGUCUAUAUCGCAGUAGUUCGACAAGCCAUUUCACCUUUAAUGAAUAUUGUAGUCAACGGGGAACUUGUCAUGCUCCUCACUGGUUUGUGUAGUAUAAUUUCAAGUGAUCCUGGUGUGGUUAAGGAUGAGACUUCUCAUACGGACAAACUGGUUGGAGGUUCAGUUUCUGAAGUCGAAGCUCAGUGUGAGGAAUUGGAGCCUUCAGCUGGAGGCAUACUCCAUGAAGACCUGGCUGAAGAAAGUACUAUUUCAAGGGUCAGAUAUUGUAGGAGCUGCAAGGCAUACAUAAAAGGCUUCGAUCACCAUUGCCCUGCUUUUGGGAACUGUAUAGGUCAAAAGAAUCAUGUUCUCUUCAUGGUUCUUCUAGUUGGAUUUGUUAUUACUGAGACUUCUUAUGUGGUGUGCUGUUUUCAGUUUGCUACUCAGGCCCGGGUCUUUGAUAAAACAGGGUUGGAGUCUGGUUUGUCUGGCAAUUUGUCUAUUAGCACAAUGCUAUUCUCUCUUCUUCAAGUUCUAUGGCAGGUGGUGUUUCUGGCAUGGCAUAUUUAUUGUGUUUGUGUCAACAUCAAAACUGAGGAGUGGAUAAACUGGAAAAACUAUCCAGAGUUCCAACUUAGUAUUCAGCCCCAGCCAGGUAACGUAAUAUUUCACAGCACCAUUCAUGUGUGGCCCUUUAUGUACUUGUUUCAUCCCAUUCAUAAAUACCUUAUGUUUUUAUCCACCUAUUAUUCAUGCUUUGAAACUCAAAUUGGAUCAAAUCACAAUCUGACCCAUAUUCUUUUCACUUUUUUUUGGGUGAAAAUUUAUUUGGAUUAAGUUGCUGUAUCACAUUCUUACCCACUUGAAUAUAGACGAAUUACCUAAUAUAUUCUGAAAAUUAUUAAAUAUCAGAACGCUAGUUUUUUAAGGGUAUUUUAAGAAGAAAAAAUUGUUCUCUAUGCAAUGUGAAAGAGUUUAAUUAUUCUGUCUGGUCAGCAGGGCAAACCUUCACAGAGAUGAGGUUUAGAAAUCCAUACAACAAGGGUGUUCUACGCAACUUGAAAGAGUUUUUGGUAUCACAAUGAGCUUUCUUUGCAUGCUUGUUUUGAGAGCCAAUGUUUUUCAUCUCUUUGUCCAACAUGCAGUUUAAAUUUUUAUGGAGUAGGUCUCCACACGUGCCGGAGUCAAAGUGAAAUGACAAUACACAAUCUCGAAAUAGAAAUGUGUUUACUAGAAUACACGACAUUGAAAAUGUAGGUUUGUGUGCAUUUUUUUUUGUUUGGCAGCAGGGCCUUGUGCAUAGCAACAAUAACAGAAAAAAAAAAAAAAAAACCAAGCAUCGAGUCCCACUAGGUGGGGUCGGCUAUAUGAAUUCGUUUCUGUCAAUUUAUGCGAUCAUGGACUUGUGCAUAGUCAUUUUUAAAAUUGUUUUUUUUGUAAAAACGAAUUGUGUAAAUAAUGACCGUAUUAUGUAUUACUUGAGAUUUGUAAACGCUUGAUAAAUGUAAAGGGUGGACAAACUUGUGUCGUAACCUCAAAGAAUUUCCUCGAAA